AUGGUUUACGAAGACAACCUCAACCGCUCACAGCGGGUCACAGACCUCGUCAACAACAGCGCCAUGAUUCAGAGCGAGAUGAAGACCACGAACGCCAACUGGAAGGAACAUGACACUCGCGCAUACGGAUUCCUCACAUCUGUUGCGAAAGCAGCCGGAUAUCCGAGCCCAAAGGAAUACAUUGAUGCCGCCGCCGACAAAGUCCACAAAGAUCUGACCAUCUCGUUGGAUGUUCUAGGAGGCUUGUUCGCUGUGUGCAUGACUGCGGAUAUCGUCACAACGCAAACGGGCCGUGCUAUCUUUUCAUGCAUCUUUCGGUUCUUUGGAUGGCGCGCUUUGGCUAAUGCAAUCGCUGUGGGUGUUCAAGAGGGUGAGGCUGCUGAAGCUAGCCUUGAGAUUAUCGCUGAGGCAUUCGAGGUUACUCAAGUCGAAACGAAAGCCGCGCAGGAAGCUGGUAUUAUUGCAGAAGUUGGUAAUUUCGAUGAGUUUGUCAAGGCGGCCGCACAAGAUGGCAUUGCCGUCGAAGUUGGUCCAGAAGCCGCAGCUCUGACUCAAGAAGCUGCUCAAGGUGCAAAGCAAGCCAGCCAGGGGCUGCGAUAUUUCAAGUUGGGGUUGAAGAUCUUCAAUGGCUUAGCAGCGCUCGCGUCAAUCGGCAUACUUGCCUAUGAAUUGGUGGAGGGCGCAAAACAGAAGAAGGAGCUACAUAGUUUGACGGUGGAAUACUUUGCCAAGCGCUUUAGCAUCAAGCAAGCACAGCUCAGACUUGAGAAAUCGUUUCAAAAUAUCAUUGACAUGCAGAAGCUCAUCGUCGACGAAGACGUACUAAACGGCCUGGUUACUGAUGGAACUAUCACCGCGGAGCAGAAGAAAACGAAGAUGGAAAAGUAUGUCGGAGACAUGAAGGGAGCGUAUCUUAAGUCAUUCACAACACUCAAAGACCAAGAUGCGGUGGACGCAUUAGCGGAGAUAGACAAGACAGCGAGCUCUUGGACGAAUGAGGAUCCUGAUAUGACUGAAGCGAAGCAGUGGCUGAAGGAUAAUCCGGAGAAGCCGGCGGAUACUUCAACGACUAGUACCAAGUGA